AGUGCAGAGCGAUAAGCGAAUAUUCAAAAGCUGAUCCGAUUCAGUCAUAUGGUAGAAGCGCUGGCGCAAAGUACUAUAGCGGAACUUGGAAAAAUUAUAAUAAUAUACACAGAUACACACGAAAAUCAACGCAAUUUCUUCAUUUGUUAGACAAGCAUUUUCAUUGCAUACAAUAUGUUCUCCAAAUUAACCACGAACAUGGCAGUGCGCUACAUGAGCGCCCAACAACAAAAGCUCCAGCAGACCGCUCAAAAAGUCACAUCACAGCAAGUUUUUGACCGUGAAAACAAAUACGGCGCACACAAUUAUCACCCCCUACCGGUGGCUUUGACACGUGGCGAGGGUAUUUUCGUCUGGGAUGUGGAGGGUAAACGUUAUUUCGACUUUUUAAGUGCCUAUUCGGCUGUCAAUCAAGGCCAUUGUCAUCCAAAAAUCGUAAAUACUCUAACAGAACAAGCGAAGAAGUUAACGCUGACAUCCAGAGCCUUCUACUCAGAUGUACUUGGCGAAUAUGAAGAAUACAUAACAAGACUCUUCAAUUAUGACAAAGUAUUGCCAAUGAACACAGGUGUCGAAGGUGGAGAAACCGCUUGCAAAAUCGCACGUGCCUGGGCAUACAUGAAGAAACAAGUGCCAGACAACCAAGCUAAGAUACUCUUUGCUGAGAAUAAUUUCUGGGGACGCACUUUGUCUGCUAUUUCAGCAUCAACAGAUCCAUUGAGUUAUGAAAACUUUGGACCUUAUAUGCCAGGUUUCGAAAUUGUCAAAUACAACAAUACAGAAGCUUUAGAGAAAGCGCUACAAGAUCCCAAUGUUUGUGCAUUCAUGGUUGAACCCAUACAAGGUGAAGCCGGUGUGGUCGUACCCGAUGCUGGUUAUUUGAAGAAAGUACGUGAGCUCUGCACAAAAUAUAAUGUACUAUGGAUUGCCGAUGAAGUGCAAACAGGGCUGGCGCGUACCGGACGCAUGCUAGCCGUCGAUUACGAAGAUGUUAAACCCGACAUCUUGAUUUUGGGUAAAGCACUAUCGGGUGGUCUAUAUCCCGUCUCAGCUGUUUUGGCUGAUGAACCAGUCAUGGAAUGCAUACAACCCGGUCGUCAUGGCUCAACAUACGGUGGCAAUCCUUUGGGUUGCAAAGUAGCGAUCACCGCCUUAGAAGUGCUGCUGGAAGAGCGUCUGGCGGAGAACGCCGAAAAAAUGGGAAAUUUACUGCGCAGCGAACUCAACACACUGCCGAAGGAUAUUGUGAGCAUCGUGCGCGGCAAAGGUCUGCUCAAUGCUAUCGUUAUAAACAAAAAAUUCGAUGCUUGGGAAAUAUGUCUGAAAUUGCGUGAUAAUGGGCUACUUGCCAAGCCCACACAUGGCGACAUCAUUCGCUUCGCACCACCACUGGUCAUUACCGAAGAACAGACACGUGAGUGCGCCGAAAUCAUCAAGAAGACAAUACUGAACUUUUAAGUAGCUCUCGAGAAGAUUUCUUCAAAUGCGGUUUCUAUAAAGGCGGCCGAAAUUUUAGUUUUGUAAGCGCAGCAUUUAUGGCACGUGAAUGUGUGAGAUUUAGUGGAUUCUAUUAAGAUUUAGUUUAAUUAUUUAAUUGUUAAAAAACAACUUUUUUCUAUUUGCUCCAUUGCUUUGAAAGCUCAACUUAGUGUAAGGUGUCAUGUUAAACGCCAAAUGUAAUUAAAUGAAAUUUAAAGCAAAUAUUUGAAAUAUCUCAUGUUGUGAAAUACAGACUGCUCAACCUUUUUCGCGCUUCAAUAAAUAUAUAAAACACUAAGUAAAGAAAAAA